GUGACGAAUUUAGGAUCACGCAUGUGUUUCUGCAAAAUGUGUUUCAUCCAAAAUCACUUUAAAAUGUGGGACGCUCGCACCAUGCGAGACGGUUGGUAACUAAAUAAUAAAUAAUAAUUAUAUAGUGCACAGGACCCAAUUUUGUACUCUAGGCCUAUGGUUUAUAGUCCGAGAACACUUGUUCCACUCCAGAGCGUGUAUUUGAAUCAAUGCAAACAUAAAACAGAAACUUGCUCGAUGCAGAUGCUGCGAAGUUUAAGACUUCGCAAAUUAGGCCCAUAUAUUGGUCCACAUGAUCAUCCGUCAGCAAUAUCAUAGGCCUAAAAACAAAUAAUUUUUUUUCCUAAUUUAAGUUCAACAUAAGAAAAUGCCUACAAAACAAAAACAAGUUGCAUAACAUAAAUAAUUCUGCAAGUAAUGUAAAAGUACACGUGUCAAAGACCAUUGUGGUCAGUAGGUCCUUUGUUUAAUUAGGCCUAUAUGCCCAUCUCAUCUUGACUAAUCUAAAAUUACCUAUUAAAAGAGCCGCUUUUUAAUCAAUUGUAUCCGCUCAGUUCGCCCAAAACCUAAUUUUAUUUUUUUUUAAUCGAACACUAGGUCUCGCCUAAAAACAAAGUGGUUUUUUUUUAAAUCAAUUGUAUCCGCUCAAAAUCUGAUUUUAUUAUUAUUUUUCUAAUCGAACACUAGGUCUAUCGCGCGAGCACAGAGCAGUUCAUUGAGGCUGACACAGACUUGAAAAUAGCGCAUGCGGAAAAUAUGUUCUUUAUGGAUGAUUAUAAAUAAUUCAUGACAUUUUACCAAACUACUGAUGUUGAAAAUUCGCGCGAAUAAAUUCGCCUAGUGGAAAACCAGCUUAACAUUACCAGCCUACCUGAAGAAGUGAAUGGAGCAUUCACGAAACGUAGCAUUAAGACCUCAGAGUAUUCAACAUGGAGUCAGCGGGCCGUUUAGUCGAGGGAGUCUAUCAUACCUGGUCAACAACAGAUGAUCUUUUAGAAGGAACUCGAAAGAUGGUAAUCAGAGAAGAUGAUUUAUGGAUCGUCACAUUACCGAAAGCUGGAACGACAUGGACACAAGAAGUGAUUUCACUAUUAUUGAAUGACUGCAAUGCAGAGUUGGCUGAUGUAAAACCGAUAAGUCAACGAUUUCUAUUCGUAGAUUUUGAAAAGAAUUCUAUUCCACCGUACAAAAUUGCAGCAGAGCUUGCGUCACCAAGACUUAUGAAAACCCAUUUUCAAUCACAUCAGAUGCCAGAGGAAUUACUUACAAAACGUUCAAAGAUUGUGUACGUUGGACGGAACCCGAAGGACAAUGCUGUGUCGCUGUUCCACUUCCAUAGAGCGGUAGAUGAUCUGCAGCAAUUCGAGGACUGGAACGAGUUUUACGAUGCAUUUGUAGCGGGUCAUGGUUAGUUUUUGUGUCUAUGACACCAUGGAGGUAUAAAAUGACACUAUGUUGUCGUCAGGCAGUUAAAGAUGGCUGAAAGGGUAAAUCUGGUAGAGGUGCAUUAUG